AUGUGGUUAUGGUGGAGCGAAUUGCCUCAUGAUAUGGAAGCAUUCGGCCCGUUUGGCUAUCAUUUCGAUCGGGGCUUGGGGCAACUCAAGGAUGGGCAACGGCGUGAAGAACCGCACAGGCAGGAUCGUUUUCCGAAUGUGCCAGGAGCGAAGAUCGAGAGCAAGCGCACCUUAGCCAACGAUGAGCUUUAUGUCGCGGAGCAGCUCGCAAAGGUCGUGGAAGGGGCCACGCCGGAGAAGACUCACACUGAGGUGGUCGGGGAUGACCGCUGGUGGAGUGCAAUUUUCCUACCGCUGCCCGCGCCGCGGCAGCUGUUGCCAGAGGUGCUGAUUGAUCAGAAGGGCUUGGCGUGGGGCUCAGCCAGCUCUCGCCGACCACUGCGACCGGCCAGUGUGAAGCUGACCUGCGAGGAGCUCGAGGAACUGGUGAGGGUGUGCAACUGCUUCGCACGCAUGGUGGAGCCACCAUACUUGGAGGCUGACGAAGAGAGCCAAAGCGCAGCCCUCUUGACCAGGCAGUCGUUCUGUCAAUUGAUCCUGUCCAUGGGCCUCACAUCGAUGGAGAAAUGCAUGGAGCCACUGGGCCGGAAAGAAAGGCCACGCUACCAUCGCGCGUUGGAGUGCUUCGACGCAGAGGCCCAGAGUUGCGAGGUGCCGGGCAUCGCCCCCUAUGGACGACUGGUGAUGGCCGUGAGGCUGCCAGCUGUGCCCGAAAAGGCCGGGAGAGUGGCGGGUGGCUUGGCUGAAGACGAGUUGCUAAAGCGGCGCGCCCUCCGUAGCCCCAAGAAUUUCAAUACCUCACCACGCACAUCCUGCUCGCAUCUGGCUCUGUCUCAGCUCUGGGCGGAAGACCUGCGGAGGCUCUUUGGGCGGCUGCUGGAAGACUUGGCGACGAACCCCUUUUGGGAGGGCCAGGAGCGCUGGGACGUCCCAGGCUGUGGCGCGUUUGAGGCUGAAUUCGCGGGCUGGUUCCAGGAACCAGCCCCUCCUCUGCAGGAGAUGGCCGAGGCCUUGCCGCGAGCCAAGAAGUACUUCUUCUUCAAGAUGCUCCCAGCCGCCCAGGCCUAUGGAGAUGAGCGUCUUCAACUUCUCCAAAAGAAGGCGGUCCAAUUGAAGCAAAGUAGACAAAGCAGAAGUGCUGAUCUCAGCCCUGGCAUCAGUUCCUCAAGCAUUCAGCAGGAGGAACGCACCUCAGGCGAGGUGGAUGCAAAAGCGGUGAGUCGAGCUCUUCCUCGAACAGAACAGGAGCUGGGCAGUGUUUCAAUGGUGGAGUAUUUGGAGAAAUCCGGAGGGUACAAAAACCAGAAGACUUUGGGGCUCAUACAGUGGAUCCUGGCUCAUGCGAUCGAUGCUGCAGCCCAAGAAGAUUUUGCUGGUAUGAAGGAGAUUGGUGCUUUGCUUGCUAUGUCGGUCGAACAGGCCAAUUACGACAAUGGGGAUUGGGCUGUGGCAUACCUCGUGAGUUUGCACGAAGACCCUCCUAUACAGCUGUUUCAGGAACGCUCGGUCCAGGUCUCGACAACCAGCAGGCCGUUCAGCCCGUUGAUACCCCCUGCCUGGACAGCCACGACCUUGAGUUACAUCAAGGACUUGGAAGUGUUGGCAAACAAGAAGCCCGACCUUUCGAAGCGAACAGGACAGCAGCAACAAAAGGAGCAAAUUUCCGAGACCCCUCAAUCCGGAUCUUCAAAGAGGAAGCCCCGCUAUCCAAAGCGCCCCAAGGCGGGCGCGGAAGGCGACUCUGCCUCGGCCUCGCCGCCUUUCCCUGUCCCAGUGCCCUUCAAAGGCUCAUGUGCUGAUCUACAAAAGGUUGAAGGGCAUUUUGGCGGCCGACGGCCCUGCUUCUGGGUCCUUGAGAUUCUGGUCAGUGGCCGAAAGUGCUUCGUCCCGGGACUCUGCGAACAGCCUUGGACGCCCAUGAUGAGGUUUUUGCAACAGUGGAGAGCACUUGAGAUGAAAGACGGCAUCAAAACCACUCGCACAGACUCAUGUGCUUUUGGCUCCCCCCACCUGAAGAGCUUCCGUUUCUUGUCGGCGUGGCUUGAGACAGUUGACAUUGAAAAGAAGUGCGAUCGCAGUCAUCAUCACAUUGUGGUCGAAGGCAAGUACACGAAGUCAUCAGCAUCAUAUACUUUUCAGCUAGCAAAGGCGAUUGCUUCAUGUUUUGCUGCUUCUAUCCGAGCUCGACAAGCUGCCUUGAAAGACAUUGAGGAGGGUAAUGUGAGAGGGCUAGAGAAUCAGCUCAUGAAUGCAGUGGCCUUGCAAGCUCCCUGGCGUGAAGUUGAGGCAUGGCAGUACCAGACCAGGAGGCACAUCAAUAUACUUGAGCUUAAGAGUGUCGUGCGGCUUGCUGAAAGGCUUGUGAGAAAGGGACAGGCAUGCCGUAUUGUGAACUUUGGUGACUCCAACGUCAUUCGCCGUACGAUCCUACCAGAGAUCGGCCAGUUUGAGAACCUUGAUUGCAUCCCAGUCGUUUCCUUGAUGGAGGAAGACAUUGAGGUCUCGUCACCGAAGAUGCUGCCAAUGGCCAAGCCAAGCUCGGGGCCACACCUCACGCGGCCCAAGCGCGAGCUGUCCGUGAAGAUCGCCGAGAAGCCGCGGCGCCAGCCUCAGCCAGAGCCUAGCAUGGAGCUGGAGGAGGAGGAGGAGGAGGAAGUCCCCCUCCCUCCAGAGAUGGUUAAGGCAGAAUUCAUGCAAAACCAGCUGCUCGAGCCGGAGGUGGUGUGUUUUGUGGCCACUUUUUCAAGCCUCUUUCAGGUGCUGUUCGAGGCCUACUGCGACUUUCCUCAAGAGCCGCGGGGCUACGGCGGUCACAUGACCAUCUCAGCCUUCUUGAGGCCCGGAGCGCUCCUACAACCUCUGCUCGGAAGACUUCAUCCCGGCGGAGCCGCAGCGACGGAAGCGGCGCACGAAAGGCGGGGCCGUGAGGACUUGGAAGCCGCGCGGGCGGCGGGAGGGCUUGGAAUUGAUGCUUGUGGGUCAGAGGCCUGGCAUCAGCGGGACAUCUCAGUCCCUCCGGCUCCUCGUUACCCGCAGAACGCCUUGAUCAACGCCCUAGCAGGCUCAAAAAGAGAGGCCAACGGCGUUUUCUUUUGGAAUGGGCUUCAAGUGCCACAGCCAGCUGCCCCAGAGGGUGAGGAAGAGGGGCUUGGAGCCUUGCUGAGUGGACUUCGUUGGCCUGGUGGAGGGGAGAAAACGAGUGCUUGUGGCUGA